AUGAGCGCACCCCCCUCCAUGACCUCUUCUUUCUCGCAACCUCCACCCCAACCCUCAGGCUACCAAGCCUCGGGUCCGAAUUACUUCACUUCUGUGCCCCAGCCUGCGCCUCAAUCAGCGUCAUCCACGCCUUCUGUAAUGUCGCCCGGUGGACGCAUCGGCGGUGGUAUCGGUGGCGGUGCACCCAAGAAAGCUGGUGGUGAUGCGUUUGCGAGCUUGCUUGGUGGUGUUGCGCCGAAGAAGGCGGGUACACCAACGCAGAAGGUCACUAUGGGUGACUUGGCUAAGCAGAAGACUAGUCAAGGGCUCUGGGGGGCGCCGGCUUCUACUCCCAGUACACCUGCUGCACAAGCACCUCAGUCGGGAUCUAAGCCUGGUGGUGCGCUGGGGGAUUUGCUUGGUUAG